GCCGACGUCGCUGUUGACGUAACGUUCAGAGAGUUUGUGCGCGAAGGUGCAGUUGUUGGCGCUUUGAAUAGAGACAAGAAGGUGGAGAGAAAAAGGUUUGUACUUCAAGCUGAGCUGCCUUUGACGGAAAAUUAUAGAAAACAUCAGCAAAAAUGGAUAACUCUGUUGACAUGCAAGUGAAGGAGCUGAACAAGCGUGCGUCAGGUCAAGCGUUUGAGGUAAUCCUGAGUCCCACCACCCCUGACGCUAAGGUGGAGUUCCCUCUCUCCCCUAAAACGAAGAAGGGAACGUCCCUGGAUGAGAUUAAGAAGAAACUGGAAGCUGCAGAUGAAAGACGCAAGAGCCACGAGGCUGAGUUGCUGAAGCAUCUGGCCGAGGCGCGGGAGCACCAGAAGGAGGUCGUCCAGAAAGCGAUCAAGGAAAGCUGCGACUUCAGCAAGCAAACGCAGGAGAAAGUCAUCCAGAAGAUGGAGGCGAACAAAGAGAACCGCACCGCCCGGCUGGCGGCGCUCAAUGAGAAGUUCAAGGAGAAGGACAAGAAGCUGCAGGAAGUGAGGAAGAACAAGGAGCAAAUGAAAGACACAAAGAACUAAUUUGUUUUCUUCACAAUCUGAUCGCAGUCUGUACGUUUAUAAAGUUAAGCUACAGUGUUUUAUGUGUAAACCUCAAAUCUUUGUAGUUAGUUUUCUUUAUAUUGUUUAUAAUAUAUGUUACAUGUUAUUUGACUUUUCUGGGKUUUUUUUCUGUAAUUCAUUUUGGCAGCUUAAUAUACUGUAUCUUUUUUUGAGGCAUUCCCUGGCAACAAACUAUGUAAUUAAUGCCUGUCUAAAAUAAUGCUGCAUGUUUGAACUGACAACACGAGGUUUACUCAUCCAGCACCUUACGCUGGAUUGUUGGGCAUACUUGCAUUUCCCAAAUGCUGGAUGAAACUUUAUUUUUGUAUGAUUUCAUUGUGUAACACCUGAGCCUGCUGUAAUACUUUCAUGUACACUGUUGCUCAUCUGUUAAUAAACCUUCACAAUGCUGA